AACUGAUUACUGAUAUAUGUCACAAGAGAUAGAAUAUAAUAUAGUAUUCAUUUUACUAUUGAAAUAAAGACGGCCAGGGUCAAUUAAAUAUACUUUGUUUUUCAUUUUUGGGACCCAGAUCCUUGGAGUCGACGCUGACCUUACCCUUCCUUCACCAUCUUCAGAUCCAUGAAAGUCUAGUUUUCACUAUAGCAUUCAUUCAUGGAUCCUCUUGAAGACAAAGAACUCAUCUCAAAACCAACGAACCCUGCCAAACACAACCAUCCAUGUCAAUCUCCUACAAAAAACAAUAUCAAUCCUUUCUCAUUGCUUCUCCAACCAUUUCAAUGGCUUCAUAUGCUCUCAACUCAUCUUACCCCAAGCUUCGUUAUUGGAGUUGCCCUCGUUUAUGGCCUUGGUCAGGGCUUCUCUGGGUCACUCUUCAAGGUAGUGACUGACUACUACUGGAAAGAUGUCCAGAAAGUCCAACCCUCUGCAGUGCAACUCUACAUGGGCCUAUAUUACAUUCCUUGGGUCAUGAAACCAAUAUGGGGUCUCUUGACUGAUGUUUUUCCGGUGAGAGGGUACCGAAGGAAGCCUUACUUUGUUGUGGCGGGUGUUCUUGGAGGUGUUUCUGCAUUGAUGGUUGCUCUUCUUGGGAAUUUGCCAGUUGUGGUGGCUUUGAUUUGCUUGAUUGUGUUGACUGCUGGGAUGGCGAUCGCAGAUGUCACGAUUGAUGCUUGUAUUGCUACAAAUAGUAUCGAAUGCAGAGAGUUGGCUCCGGAUAUGCAGAGUCUUUGUUGGUUUUGCUCUUCUGCUGGAGCUUUGGUUGGGUACUCCACUAGUGGUGUCUUAGUUCAUCACCUUGGAGCUCAGGCAGCAUUCAGUAUCUUGGCAGUCCCACCAGCAUUGUUCAUAGUUCUGGGCUUUGUGAUUCAUGAAUCUAAAGCUAUGACUACUCUUCAUCCUCAGAAGAAAGAGAAAACGGAGGCAUUGGAGAGCUUAGGAGUGGCAGUGACAGGCAUGUAUGAAUCAAUCAAGUGCCCUCAAGUGUGGAAACCUUCACUCUACAUGUUCCUUUCUUUGGCUCUCAGUAUAAGCACUCAUGAAGCGCAGUUUUAUUGGUACACAGACCCUAAAGAUGGCCCAGCUUUCUCACAGGAAUUUGUUGGGGUCAUUUAUGCCAUUGGUGCAGCGGCUUCAAUGGCAGGACUUUUGAUUUAUCACAAGACCUUGAAAGACUAUCCAUUCAGGCACAUACUGUUCUUUGUGCAACUCCUGUUUGCCGCAUGCGGAAUGCUUGAUCUCAUCUUCGUCCUCCGGUGGAACUUAGCGCUCGGAAUUCCCGACUACUUCUUCAUUGUUGCAGAAGAAUGUGUAGUAAGAAUCAUAACCAGAAUCAGGUGGAUGCCGAUGAUGGUUCUGAGCAGUCGGCUUUGCCCUUUAGGCAUCGAAGGCACAUUUUACGCGCUUUUGACUGGCAUAGAUAGCCUUGGUUCUUUGUCGUCGAAAUGGGGUGGAGGGUUUGUUAUGCAUUUGUUGAAUGUCACUAGGACUGAUUUUAGAAAUCUAUGGUUGAUCAUUUUGAUUCGCAACAUUUUGAGGUUUAGCACAUUGUGUUUCAUCUUUCUUAUCCCCAAUGCUGAUCAUUCAGAGGAUUUGAUCCCCUUGGAUAUUUUGAAGAAGAAUUCAGCAGCAAAUGUAGAUGAUGAUGAUGAUGAUGAACAAGAGGGAAUGCUGCAACUUGUUAUUAAGAAAGAGAAACUUCAAGUCUAGUUUCAUAUUAUAUUCAUGUAUCAAUAAAAUUCGGUCUUAGC